GGCCGCGCGCUGAGGAGCCGCCCGGCCGUCGGCGCGCUCGCUCCGGCCGCGACCCCAGCCCGCGGGCCGCCCCUGCGCCCGGGCCGCUCGGCCGCGGCAGCGCCUUCGAGAUGGACGAGGACGGCGGCGAGGGCGGCGGCGUUCCUGAAGACCUCUCGCUGGAAGAACGGGAAGAGCUUCUGGACAUUCGUCGAAGGAAAAAAGAACUUAUCGAUGACAUCGAGAGGCUCAAGUGUGAGAUUGCAGAGGUCAUGACGGAGAUCGACAGCCUGACGUCGGUGGAGGAGAGCAAGACUACCCAGAGGAACAAGCAGAUCGCCAUGGGAAGGAAGAAAUUCAACAUGGACCCCAAGAAGGGAAUUCAGUUUCUGGUAGAAAACGACCUGCUGCAGAGUUCACCGGAAGACGUCGCCCAGUUCCUCUACAAAGGAGAAGGCCUGAAUAAGACGGUCGUCGGGGACUACCUGGGGGAAAGGGACGAGUUCAACAUCAAGGUGCUUCAGGCCUUCGUUGAGCUUCAUGAGUUCGCGGACCUCAACCUCGUCCAGGCCUUGAGGCAGUUUCUGUGGAGCUUCCGGCUUCCUGGGGAGGCCCAGAAGAUUGACCGCAUGAUGGAGGCCUUUGCUGCGCGCUACUGCCUCUGCAACCCCGGCGUCUUCCAGUCCACAGACACCUGCUACGUGCUGUCGUUCGCCAUCAUCAUGCUCAACACGAGCCUGCACAACCACAACGUGCGCGACAAGCCCACGGCCGAGCGCUUCAUCACCAUGAACCGCGGCAUCAACGAGGGCGGAGACCUGCCCGAGGAGCUGCUGCGGAACUUGUACGAAAGCAUCAAGAACGAGCCGUUUAAGAUCCCCGAGGACGACGGGAACGACCUGACCCACACCUUCUUCAACCCUGACCGGGAGGGCUGGCUGCUGAAGCUGGGCGGCCGCGUGAAGACCUGGAAGCGGCGCUGGUUCAUCCUCACCGACAACUGCCUCUACUACUUCGAGUUCACCACGGACAAGGAGCCCCGGGGCAUCAUCCCGCUGGAGAACCUCAGCAUCAGAGAGGUGGAGGACCCACGGAAACCUAACUGCUUUGAGCUUUACAACCCGAGCCACAAAGGGCAGGUCAUCAAGGCCUGCAAGACCGAGGCUGAUGGCCGUGUGGUGGAGGGCAACCACGUGGUGUACCGCAUCUCAGCGCCCAGCCCCGAGGAGAAGGACGAGUGGAUCAAAUCCAUCAAGGCCAGUAUCAGCAGGGACCCCUUCUAUGACAUGCUGGCCACGAGGAAGAGGAGGAUUGCCAAUAAGAAAUAGAACUGCCCUGGCUCCUGCAGCAGGCAGACGGACCGACCCCCGCAGCACUGACCCCUCGGCGCGCCUCCGCUGGCAGCCUGCAGGGGGCAGCAGACCCUGCGCGGCGCCCGGGGUCACGGCGCUGCGCUCCCCACCCACCUGGACGCGGCCACAGCCAGCUGCUCGUGCUGGGCUGGGUGGUGCUAACAUUCUAGAAGCCACUGUUUUAUAUCAAAUGGGAACGGAAAAAGCUACCACUGUUUUUAUUCAGAAUUCUUUUUCUCAUAUAUGGGAUUAUAGCUUUUUAUAUGCCUUUUAUACUCUGAAGCUAUAACAAAAGAUGCUUUCUAACAGUAGUAUUUUUAGAACGGCAGCUAUAAAUUUAACUCCUGGACACAGGUAUAUGCUGUGCACUGCACACACACCCACAGGCACACACAGCUCCUGGAGGUGGCUUGCAGUGGGUGCCGGGGCAGGCAAGGCCCCUUAGGGACCAGGCGAGGUGACCGGCGGCGGGAGCAGCGGGAGCACAGCCCUCGCCUCUGGCCUCACAACUUCUUCCAAGUAGGGAAGUGGUGACAGCCUGCACAGGAAGCCGAGUGUCCAGGGCCGAGCAGCUGUGACCAGCGCUCCAUUUCCGGCCCAGGCUCGGGCCUGGUUCACCAUAGCCGGCAUUUAUCCUGCAACUCCCCAACGUGCUUGUGGUUUGGGUGAGCGGCAGAGAGCAGCCUGAAGGGCGGCACCAGGGGCCUGCGGGUGCCCUGCCCUGAAGCCGCACCCUGCAGCCACAUCCAGCAGGUGGCCAUGUUGCACUUAGGGUGAGUGGCCGCGGCUCCUCCGGCCCCAGGCCUGUUCCUGUUCUGGGCCUCCGGGAUCGUGACUGUCGCAACACUCCACGGGAGAACAGCCACCACGCAUCCUUCAAGUGCCUGGGCGGCGUGGGCGCCACUGGGCCUCGGCCUGCCCCAGCAGGACUGCUGCCGGACCCCCACCCAAGGGACACAUCCUAUGGAC